GGCCAAUUACCAGGCAGGAAGUGGGCUGGUGCUUACAGAGUGAGAGAGAGAGAGUGUGUGUGUAUGAGUGAGUGUGUAGCCAUUGACUACACAGGAAGGCUGGCAAGUGUAUCUCACAGCUCUGCGGGAUCUGAGACUGAAGGAUCUUAGACUUUUAGUCUGUGUGUGUGUGUGAGAGAGAGAGAGAGAGGAAAUUUAGAGCAAGCACACAUCACACUGUCUGCGGUGGAGGGAAAAGAAAGGAAAGGGUGUGGGUUUUGUGCAAAGGGCUCUUUAUCACUCUCUCAAUCAGUCCUUUGUGAAUUCCAGGCAAGAUGAUAGCUGCGCAGCUCCUGGCCUAUUACUUCACGGAAUUAAAGGAUGAUCAAGUGAAAAAGAUUGACAAGUAUCUUUACGGAGCCCGUCUGUCAGAUGAGACGCUGUGUGAAAUCAUGGGCCGUUUCCGAACGGAGAUGGAGAAGGGUUUGGGUCGAGACACCCACCCCACAGCCACCCUGAAAAUGUUACCAACCUUCGUCAGGUCCACCCCAGAUGGAACAGAGAAGGGAGAUUUCCUCGCCCUGGACCUGGGUGGCUCGAAUUUCCGUAUCCCGGUGAAGGUGUCUCACGAGCGUCAGCAGCGGGUGGAGAUGGAGAGCAAAAUCUACAGCACGCCCAAGGACAUCGUCCAUGGCAGCGGCGCCCAGCUGUUUGACCAUGUGGCCGAAUGCCUGGGAGAGUUUCUGGAGAAACAAGAGAUUAAGGACAAGAAACUGCCUCUGGGCUUUACCUUCUCCUUUCCCUGCAGACAGACCAAGCUGGACGAGAGUAUCCUGAUCACGUGGACGAAGGGUUUCAAGGCGAGCGGAGUGGAGGGCUCUGAUGUGGUAAAGCUGCUUCGAAAGGCGAUCGACAAGCGAGGGGAGUAUGAUGUGGAUAUUAUGGCCGUGGUGAAUGACACAGUGGGCACUAUGAUGACCUGUGGCUUUGACGACCAGCGCUGUGAAGUGGGGCUGAUCAUUGGUACUGGUACUAACUGCUGUUACAUGGAGGAGCUGCGGCACAUUGACCUGGUGGAGGGGGACGAGGGCCGCAUGUGCAUCAACAUCGAGUGGGGGGGGUUCGGGGACGACGGCUCCCUGGAGCACAUCAGGACUGAGUUUGACCGGGAGAUUGAUCGCGGGUCUCUCAACCCCGGCAAACAGAUGUUUGAGAAGCUGAUCAGUGGGAUGUAUAUGGGAGAGCUGGUGAGGCUUAUCCUAGUCAAGAUGGCGAAGGAAGGGCUGCUGUUUGAGGGUAGAAUCACGCCCGAGCUUCUGACUAAAGGCAAACUACAAACCAAGGAUGUGUCCGCCAUGGAGAAGACCAAGGAGGGUUUGCUGAGGGCGAAGGAGGUGCUGAGCCGCUUGGGGCUGGAGCCCUCAGACGAGGACUGUAUUGGGGUGAGGCACGUGUGCACCAUCAUCUCCUUCCGCUCCGCCAACCUGUGUGCCGCCGCGCUCGGCGCCAUCCUCUCCCGCCUCAAGGAUAACAAGGGCGUCCCCCGGCUCCGCACCACCGUGGGCGUGGACGGCUCGCUCUACAAGAUGCACCCGCAGUUUGCCCGGCGUCUCCAGAAGACGGUCAGGCGGCUGUUGCCGGACUGCGAGGUGCGAUUCCUGUUGUCGGAGAGCGGCAGUGGGAAGGGGGCGGCCAUGGUGACUGCAGUGGCCACCCGGCUGGUGUCCCAGCGCCAGGAGAUGGACCAGACACUAGCCUCCUUCACCCUGACCAGGGAGCAGCUGUUUGAGGUGAAGCGGAGGAUGCGGGUGGAGAUGGAGAACGGGCUGAAGAAGAAAACGCACGAGGCGGCCACCGUUAAAAUGCUGCCCUCCUUCGUCCGCAGCAUACCUGAUGGCUCAGAGAAUGGAGACUUUGUGGCCCUGGACCUGGGAGGCACUAACUUCCGGGUGCUGCUGGUCAAGAUCCGCAGCGGCAAGCGGCGCACCGUGGAGAUGCACAACAAGAUCUACGCCAUCCCCUUAGAGAUCAUGCAGGGCACCGGAGAAGAGCUCUUCGAUCACAUUGUCACAUGCAUCUCCGACUUCCUGGAUUACAUGGGCAUGAAAGGAGCUCGUCUUCCUCUUGGCUUCACCUUCUCCUUCCCCUGUGAGCAGAAGAGCUUAGACGAGGGGAUUUUGCUGAAAUGGACCAAGGGAUUCAAGGCCACGGACUGUGAGGGGGAAGAUGUGGUGUCCAUGCUGAGAGACGCCAUCAAACGCCGGGACGAAUUUGAGCUGGACAUUGUGGCUGUUGUGAACGACACGGUUGGGACGAUGAUGACCUGCGCUUACGAGGAUCCGCAGUGUGAGGUCGGCAUGAUCGUAGGGACGGGCAGUAACACCUGCUACAUGGAGGAGAUGGGGAACGUGGAGAUGGUGGGCGAGGAGGAGGGCAGGAUGUGUGUAAACAUGGAAUGGGGGGCCUUCGGGGACAAUGGCUGCCUGGACGAUAUCCGGACAGAGUACGACCGAGCUGUGGAUGAUCUGUCUUUGAACCAAGGCAAACAGAGAUAUGAGAAAAUGAUCAGUGGCAUGUACCUGGGCGAAAUAGUGCGUAACGUAGUGAUUGAUUUCACCCGGCGAGGCUUCCUGUUCCGAGGUCAGAUCUCCGAGAGACUAAAGACCAGAAGCAUCUUCGAGACCAAGUUCCUGUCACAGAUAGAAAGUGACCGACUGGCUCUGCUCCAGGUGAGAGCCAUCCUGCAGCAGCUGGGCUUGGACAGCACGUGUGAUGACAGUAUUAUUGUGAAGGAGGUGUGUGGGGCUGUGUCCUGCCGAGCGGCACAGCUGUGCGGGGCAGGAAUGGCUGCCGUCGUGGACAAAAUCCGGGAGAACAGGCGCCUGGAUCACCUGGAGGUCACGGUGGGCGUGGACGGGACUCUCUACAAACUGCACCCACAUUUCUCAAAGAUCAUGCACAAAACAGUGAAGGAGCUGGCUCCCAAGUGCAACGUGACCUUCCUGCUGUCUGAGGACGGCAGUGGAAAAGGUGCUGCGCUGAUCACUGCGGUGGCCUGCAGACUGCGGGAGUGUGGCCAGUGAGACGACCAGCCAGAUCUCGGAGAGCACAGGGCUCUGUGUGUGUGUGUCGGUGUGGAGGGCGAGACGAGAGACCAGUCACCUCUCUUUGGCAGUUAUAACUCAACCUCUGUAACCCAGGCCUGGAACCAACCAGUCAGAAACCACAUGAAAAUAACAUGUAAAGAUGGCAAACUGCGGUAUUGCAUCACCACCUCCAAUCCUCGCUUGGCUGGUUUGGAAGCUCUUAAGCAUGGCGAUGGGUUUCCGCAUCCAUCAGACCAGCCGGCUGACCACAACAAAAUGCCACUGUGUGCUGAGUUACUGGUCUUAGUGCCCACUCGGAGGGGAGAAUAAAAAUACCGCCCCCUCUCCUAUUUUAUUUUUAAAAAAAUCAGGUUCAGGUUCUUGGAGUUACAGCUGUCUGUGUUAUCAUUGUCCUAUACCCCCAAAGCCCUCCUCCGCACUAAACUGUCCCAAACCACCCAAAGACACACAAGCUUUCUGUGAAAGACAAAAGGAACCACUGGAUAAAACUGAUUUCUAUAUUGGCUGUUUCGAGUACCUGAUUUUACCCGUUGUUGGUUAUAAAUUUUGUGAUGUGUUGUAGUGUGACACAGAGAAAGAUGUAUAUAUGUGACUCACGCACUCCCCCAGAGCCAUCCCAGUGCUUGUUGCCAUUCGGUGUCUGUUUCCGUCACUACUUUGGCUGUUUUGUGUGCUGUUUGUUCACCUUGCUGCAGAGGUUAAAGACUUACAUGUGGAAUGCAUGCCUUAUCGAUGUUAGUCAAGGCAGCAGCUUUUAAUUUUAUACACUCGCUAAGGGACGCUGUGUAUUUUAAAGCAACAUUUGUGGAUUCAUUAAACUGUAUUUUGAUGUG